AUGGCCAUACUAUCAGACAUCGCCUCGAAAGUAAAAAACACGCGACUCGUUCCGCCAACCGAAGACGAACUAUCCGCAACCAAAGAAAACAAUCAAGAUUCAUCUCCCUCUCAAACCCAAAAAAGACAACGACCAAUCCUCGAGAUAACAUCCUACGACCGCUUCACACCACCAUCCCCUAUGCCAGACUUAGAAUACGACUGCCGCGUGACACAGAACCCAUCCCGCCAAAUACGGAAAACAUGCACGGGGCUCGACUCGACGCUGCAAGAUGAGCUGAUGCAACGCGAAUCUUUUAGUGAUACAGUGGCUCGUGCGGAGGAGGAUAUCAAACGGCUCAUGGAAAUCAAGGAUGGAUUUGACGAAGGGAGUGGAGGAGAUGAAGAGGGUGAGGGGUGA